GGAGGGCUUAUUAGAGCCUCUGCCUGGCUGUCAGUGACUCAGUGUUCGCGGGAACGCUGCCUCAGCCUCAACACCAGCCAACCCAGAUCCCGAGGUGCGCCAGCGCCCAGCCCAGAUCUCCACGCCUGCCAGGAGCGAGCUUCGCCGGCUCGCUGUCCCCCCUGAGCAGCCUCUGUCCUUCUGUCCAAGUCCCGCGCCCUUCUCGGGACCCCUGCCCAGCGGGCAGCACUGUCACCCUGCCGGCCAUGGAGACCCCGUCACAGCGGCGCGCCACCCGCAGUGGGGCGCAGGCCAGCUCUACCCCACUGUCGCCCACUCGGAUCACCCGGCUGCAGGAGAAGGAGGACCUGCAGGAGCUCAAUGACCGCCUGGCCGUGUACAUCGAUCGCGUGCGUUCCCUGGAGACCGAGAACGCGGGGCUGCGUCUUCGCAUCACUGAGUCUGAAGAGGUGGUCAGCCGAGAGGUGUCCGGCAUCAAGGCGGCCUACGAGGCCGAGCUGGGGGAUGCCCGCAAGACCCUCGAUUCUGUGGCCAAGGAGCGCGCCCGCCUUCAGCUGGAGCUGAGCAAAGUGCGCGAGGAGUUCAAGGAGCUGAAGGCUCGCAACACCAAGAAGGAAGGGGACUUGUUGGCUGCGCAGGCCCGGCUCAAGGACCUGGAGGCUCUUCUCAACUCCAAGGAAGCUGCCCUGAGCACUGCUCUCAGUGAAAAGCGCACGUUGGAGGGCGAGCUCCAUGACCUGCGGGGGCAGGUAGCCAAGCUUGAGGCGGCCCUCGGAGAGGCUAAGAAGCAGCUUCAGGAUGAGAUGCUGAGGCGAGUGGAUGCUGAGAACAGGCUACAGACCCUGAAGGAGGAGCUUGACUUCCAGAAGAACAUUUACAGUGAGGAACUGCGUGAGACCAAGCGCCGGCAUGAGACGCGGCUUGUGGAGAUCGAUAAUGGGAAGCAGCGAGAGUUUGAGAGCCGGCUGGCAGACGCCCUGCAGGAGCUGCGGGCUCAGCAUGAGGACCAGGUGGAACAGUAUAAGAAGGAGCUAGAAAAGACAUACUCCGCCAAGCUGGAUAAUGCCAGGCAGUCUGCUGAGAGGAACAGCAACCUCGUGGGGGCUGCCCACGAGGAACUGCAGCAGUCUCGGAUCCGCAUUGACAGCCUCUCGGCCCAGCUCAGCCAGCUACAGAAGCAGUUGGCAGCCAAGGAGGCAAAGCUGCGUGACCUGGAGGACUCCCUGGCCCGUGAGCGCGAUACCAGCCGGCGCCUGCUGGCUGAGAAAGAGCGAGAGAUGGCCGAGAUGCGGGCGAGGAUGCAGCAGCAGCUGGACGAGUACCAGGAGCUGCUGGACAUCAAGCUGGCCCUGGACAUGGAGAUCCAUGCCUAUCGAAAGCUGCUGGAGGGCGAGGAGGAGAGGCUGCGCCUGUCCCCCAGCCCCACCUCGCAGCGUAGCCGUGGCCGCACCUCCUCCCACUCAUCCCAGUCUCAGGGUGGAGGCAGCAUCACCAAAAAGCGCAAGCUGGAGUCUUCCGAGAGCCGGAGCAGCUUCUCGCAGCAUGCACGCACUAGCGGGCGCGUGGCGGUAGAGGAAGUAGAUGAAGAGGGAAAGUUCGUGCGGCUGCGCAACAAGUCCAACGAGGACCAGUCCAUGGGCAACUGGCAGAUCAGGCGUCAGAAUGGUGAUGAUCCUUUGAUGACCUAUCGCUUCCCACCGAAGUUCACCCUAAAGGCUGGGCAGGUGGUGACGAUCUGGGCUUCAGGAGCUGGGGCCACCCAUAGCCCCCCUACUGACUUGGUGUGGAAGGCGCAGAAUACCUGGGGCUGUGGGAGCAGCCUUCGUACUGCUCUCAUCAACUCCACUGGAGAAGAAGUGGCCAUGCGCAAGCUGGUGCGCUCACUGACCAUGGUUGAGGACAAUGAGGAUGAUGAAGAGGAUGGAGAAGAGCUCCUCCAUCACCAUCGUGGUUCCCACUGCAGCGGCUCGGGGGACCCCGCUGAGUACAACCUGCGCUCACGCACCGUGCUGUGCGGGACAUGUGGGCAGCCUGCUGACAAGGCUGCCAGUGGCGCAGGAGCCCAGGUGGGCGGAUCCAUCUCCUCUGGCUCUUCUGCCUCCAGUGUCACAGUCACUCGAAGCUUCCGCAGUGUGGGGGGCAGUGGGGGUGGCAGCUUCGGGGACAACCUAGUCACCCGCUCCUACCUCCUGGGCAACUCCAGUCCCCGGAGCCAGAGCUCCCAGAACUGCAGCAUCAUGUAAUCUGGGACCUGCCAGGCAGGGCUGGGGGCAGAGGCCACCUGCUCCCCCCUCACCACAUGCCACCUCCUGUCUGCUCCUUAGGAGAGCAGGUCUGAAGCCAAAGAAAAAUGUAUCCCCUGCCUUUGUUUUUUGGGUUUUUUUUCUUCUAUUUUUUUUCUAAGAGAAGUUAUUUUCUACAGUGGUUUUAUACUGAAGGAAAAACUCAAGCAAAAAAAAAAAAAUCUUUAUCUCAAUCCUAAGUCCUUUCCCUUUCUUUCCUUGUAUCUGCCUUAAAACCAAAGGGCUUCUCUAGGAGCCCAGGGAAAGGACUGCUUUUAUAGAGUCUAGAUUUUGUCCUGCUGCCUUGGCUUUGCCCUCAUCCCAGGACCCUGUGACAUGGUGCCUGAGAGGCAGGCAUGGAGUUCUCUUCACCAGCCUCCUCCAACAGCUGGCCCACUGCCAUGCCAGCUGCAGAGAAAUGGGGUGCAGAGAGGAUGACUGAGAAGGUCAAGCCCCUCCCAGCUCACUACACACGGCUGAGGCUCCUCUGCCUGCCUUACCCCUCUUCCUGACCUUCCCUAGCCUGGGGUGAGCAGAUUCCCAGAGGCAAAUCUGCCAUGCUUGCUUUUUCUAUAUUUUAUUUAGACAAGAGAUGGGAAUGACGGGGAAGGAGAAGGGAAGAUCAGUUUGAGCCUACCUUUUCCCAGCUUCUGAGCCUGGUGGGCUCUAUCCCAAUGAUGGAGGGCAGUGUCAAGUGGGAUAUGGGGAAGAGUUGGGGACGAAGGCUCCCAGAGAUGGGGAGAACCUGCUGGGGCUGGUGAGAAGACUAGAGGGUGUGGUGAUUGGUGGCUAUAGCAAACACUAAGGAACCCUUCACCCCAUUUCCCAUCUGCACCUCUGCUCUCCCCCCAAAUCAAUACACUAGUUGUUUCCAUCCCA